CGUGGGCUGUAAAUUGAAAAAAAAAAAUAUUGCGUUUGUAUGUAGGCCUGUAGAUAGAGAUGGCCUUGCACGCAAGCAGGCAGGCAUAAUAAGUAUAAACUUGUCAACUGCCCCUUAAUUGUGAUGGGCCUCCAACAGAGCUGAUGUAGUCAAGUCGUCGUCAGUGACACAGGCGGAAGGGGGCGGGCCCCAGCCAGCUAAACGGCGAGUUCGACUCAGAUGUGACGAACGUGACUGUCACGCUUGCGUCUUCGCUGCCUUUGCGUAAGGCGUGACAUUGUCGGCUGUAGGCUUGACGUUUCCAAGCGUAUAACAACACUGUGCUUGUUCUGGUUCUCGAAUACCCUAUACAAGGAACCAGACAUCUAUUGUCCCACGAGGGAUAAUUUCUCAGGAGGCUGUUCAUUUGACUACUUUGAAUGACAUUAAGUCACCGUAACAAGCCUGUGUCAACUAUUCUGUGGACGGAGGAACGGCAUGUAGGCUCUUACUUCUCUAUGCGUAUACUAUACUCUAUUGUACUUAGCCCAUGUGUAGUGGCCCGGUAAGAGAGCAAUCCUUGUGUACGGUGACGGCCGGGACUUAGUGUGGAUCGAGGUCUAAAUAGGCCAGUCUGCCGAGACGGGGUGGUUGUCUCUUUAUCUAGGUCAACUGCAGAAAUACCCCGUCAAGCCUGUUUCACGAGAUUUUUUAUUAUCAUUAAUCCCAUGCGGGUGUGACCGAAAGCAGAAUGGGCAGCCGGGCUAAGCCUCAGCAAGCCCGCCCCGGGGGGAAGCCUACCGGAAGUGGAUUGAACGUGCAGCAGAUUAAGGUCGUUUUACUGGGUGACCAAGGUGUUGGGAAGUCAAGUAUAGCCCUUCGUUUCGUGCGAGGAGAGUUUCUGGAACACGGGGAAGCUACAAUUGGUGCUGCAUUUUUGACGCAGACGACAAAACUGGAGAAUCGCGUGAUCAAGUUUGAUAUCUGGGACACAGCGGGUCAAGAGAGGUAUCACAGCCUCGCUCCCAUGUACUACAGAGGUGCACAGGCCGCUGUUGUCGUUUAUGACGUCACCAGUGAGAAUUCUUUUAAAAGAGCUUUAUCCUGGAUCAAGGAGCUUCAGCAGCAAGCUAACGCUCACAUAUUCGUGGUUUUGGCGGGAAAUAAAGCUGACAUGGCCACUGAGGAGAGGGCGGUACCAAACGAGGACGCCCGAAUCUUUGCGGAGGAGAACGAUCUGUUUUUUGUAGAAACUUCCGCCAAAACAGGAAUGGGGGUACCCGAUGUAUUUAUGGCCGUGGCCGAUUGCUUAGCAGGGCACUCGAAACGAAGCGGAUCGCAGCAACAACAACGUUCCAAUCAAAAUGUCAGACUUCAUGAGGCGGAAGAUGGUGACAAGAAAAAAGGAGGCUGCUGUUAGCACUGAAAUGUCCGCUAGACAAUGAUACUGUGCUGUUGAGACUCCCGAAUAUAUCAUAUUUGAUAUGUAUUCAUUUAUUACAGAACUCCUCCCGAUUGGCGAAUGUGUCGAGAAAUACUAUUGGCUGUUCACCUGGUAAUGAAUCUGCUCUCCUACAGGAGUUUUCAUUGGAAGAUUAUCGCUCAGCGAAAAAUUAGUAUUUCUUUUGUUGCGAUGCAUCAUGCACCGUCAAAUCAUUGUAUCCAGUGUGAAAAUAAUGGAAAAGUGAAUGUGACAUAAUUAGACUGCUGCAGUGGAGAUUCGUACAAUAACUUCGUCAAAGCGUUUUGUGCCUUUUAAGAUGCGACAAUGGGGACUUCUUUUUUUUCAUGAGAUUACUUUGGACAUCAAAUAUUAUUUAACUGCGCUGUGACGGCGGCUUUGUUGGAAAACAGAAGUUGUCCUGCUAAAUCGAACAAGAUUAAAACGUUUCAAGUGAUGAAAGGAAAAUGACUGUUGAAAUCCAUUGAAUUGAAAAUCCCGGAAACUUUGGAAAAGUAAAAAAUCCAGCAAAAAUAUAUAUGGAGACAGUACAAUAGGCAUGAUAAAAUAAUUUUCAAAUCGAUAUGAAUUGAUAUUUCAGAAAACGUCAUAAUAUUUUUCUCUAAGAAGGCUGUGAAUCCGUCCAGCCUUGUAUAUGCAAAUUACUAGUAUUACAACAGCGUAUUUACCUUUUAUUGUUAUUUAAUGUUUGUGUGCCCAUAUUCUGUUCUGCAAUUGUGCUACAACUGUUUGUCCUUUUUUCUUUUUCGUUUUUACCUUGUCUUGCAACUGAUGUUGAUGUUUUCAAGCCAGAUCAAAUCAGGCGGGAAUGGUCAGUUUACUGUCCAAUCAGGACCCUGGUAGCGGAUGUUUGGUUAUUGAUAGUUGUACUUUGGGAAAACGUGAUUGGUCACAGCAUCUCAUAAUGUACAUGACUUUGCGUGGCCCAGAAAGCCGCAUGCGUCAUGAAUGACGUAGAUGCUGACUGUAGAUGCUGACAAAUAUCUGUGAGCUGAGAUAAGACUUGUACUUUCAUUCAUAUCAGUGAAUGAAUUCUUAUCACGUCGACUGAUGCAUGUCCCAUCAUAAUCGUAUCUUCGUCUCUGAAGAAGUCUGUAUGGUCUUGAGACUAUAAAUGCGAUCAUACCUAGGUUUUAACCCCAAAGUCAGUUGUAUACAUUUAAUGCACAGUUAUAAGGUCAUACCAGUUUUCAAUCUAAGAAAGUGAGUUUUAUUUAACGUAACUUUGUUGAAUGAUUCCAAUUCAUUGAUUUACACCUGGAUAGCUAACCUUAAUCAAAACGGACUAUUUUUUGGACGGGUUACCUGUGGCUGUUUGACGCCUAUUUGGUACCCAGGUAAGCUGUUUUACCUGGCUGCUUGCAAAAAGUUCCUUUACUUUUAUAAUCCUUAAUUCGAAUAGUAUCCUUGCUAGGAACUGUAUGGUAACCAUCGGUGAUGAAGGCAUUUGUAUACUAUUUUGUUAACUAAAUGUGCCAUAGUUAUAUCCUGUAAAAUGACUGUGUGCUGUUCAAUCAUGUAAACUAACGUGCUCAUGCAGUUCAAUAUUCUGAACUAAAUGUGUACAGUUCAAUCCUGUAAACUAAACCGGUACAUUUCAAUCCUGUGAACUAAUGUAUCAUCCUAUCAUCCUCCGUUUGUAUACUAAACGUGUACAGGUCAGUCAUCUGUAACAACCGUGUUGCAGUUCCAUGUAAACGAAAUGGUUACAGUGUUGAAUCCUACAAAACUAAACGUGUACAGCUACAUAACGUAAACUGAAUCUUGUUAUAGCUGAAUGAUGAGAACGAGCAUGUACAGUUCAAACCUGUAAACCAAUCGUGUAAAGGUCAAUCUCUUGACCUUACAACGUGUUACAGCUCAUUCCUUUGAACUUAUAGCGUGUUACAGCUCAGUUCUGUAAAGUUAACGUGUACAACUCAACGCUGUAAACUGAACGUGUACAGCUCAGUUCUGUAAACACACAUUUAUCACAUAUCGUCCAGCAUAAAAGUACAUUAAUUCUACAGAACGUGUGUCUAUUUUCUGCUCCAUCUUGAUGAUCUACAGAAAUCAUAUUGACAUUAUUGGUAUGUGCUCAUGCUAAAGAGGUGUAGGCCUUCAUAUGGAUUUCAAACGCUUUGGGUACAUAUAUAUUGUAGGUAUACAGCAAUUUUUACACUACAUUCUAAUAAUGCAAACAUUUCCUAUAGGCGAUAUUAUACCAAUUCCAACUGAAUUACAAAGAGGGGGGGGGGGGGGCAAAAUUGCAUUUAGGCGAAAAUUAUCGAUAUCGAGAAAUAUUUAUUGAUAUCGAUAAUUCAUUUUUCGAUAUGAAUAAAUGAUUUUUCGAUAUCUAUAAAUGAUUUAUGGAUGUCUAUAAAUAAUUUGUCGAUAUCAAUAAAUGAUUUAUUGAUAAUAAAAAAAUCAUUUAUCGAUGUUGAUAAUUCUCAAUUAAAUGUUAACUUAGCCCCUCACAGAUCACUGUCCUGCUCUGAUUGUGAUGUCUGUUAAACUUGAAGUAAUUGUCGAAGGUGUCAGGCAUUCAGACUAGUAAACUGUCUAUAACACUCAAGAGUUCUUGAAUAUUUUUUGGUGCCAUUGUAACAUGUUAUGGUCGAAUUAAGGGAUGGCGAUUUGCGAUGGUGCGAUUGUUUUAGGCAAUACUAUAACACCUUUGGGCUACGGUGCGGUGUGACAGAAAUAGGCGAUGAUACAGUGGUAUUGGGCGAUGAUGAGAAACUUGACGUAUUCGAAAAAUGUCACGACGGAAUGGCGAUAUGGCACGUGUCAAAUCGCGUGACCGUGUCAUCAAUCGCGUCAUGACGCCAUCGAUCGUGUCAUAGAUCGUAUGAUGCACUGUGACGAAACGGUACCACGAUAGGAUGUUGCUAUGGCAAUUGUAUGAUGGCAUGUGAUACUAUAUCAGAUCCCGGCCAUACACAAAUAUAAUGCUAUGGCUUGAGUG